UGCGGAAUUUAUGAGGAAUUCCAGUCUCUGGAACAACUGACAGCCCCGCACGUGCAUUUGUUGACAAAAAUGAUCGACAUUUUAACCGACAUUUAGUUAUUUGAUCAUUCAUUCAUUCAUUCAUUUAUAGAAACCUGCUGAUUUCCAGGGCAGAUAUUCACAGAAUACAUAUGUGCUCUUUCACCCCAUUAUUCUGUCAGUGUGUUUGGUAACAGUGACAUUACACUCCUCGUCUCUAGGAGGCAGUAGAGAGUGUCAAACACCGGAAAAACAAAGCGAGCGUGUGGAAGGAAGGAUGCGGUGUAUGCAUUGCCGACUGUCUUGAACUCAUUUAUCAGCCAAUAUUUGGGUGCAAAAAUGAAAUUGUACUGUCUGUCUGGUCAUCCUACAUUGCCUUGCAAUGUUCUCAAGUUCAAAUCCACCACCAUCAUGCUGGACUGUGGACUGGACACCACCUCAGUCCUAAACUUCUUGCCCCUUCCCCUUGUGCACAGCCCAAGACUCUCCAAGCUGCCUGGCUGGAUCUCCAAGGAUGGAACUGUAAACCUGGAGAAGGAGCUGAAGGAGUGUGCGGGGAGAGUGUUUGUGGACUCACAGCCCGAGUUCUGUCUCCCUGAGAGAGAACUGUUGGACCUGUCUACUAUUGAUGUCAUCCUCAUUUCCAACUACCACUGCAUGAUGGCCCUGCCCUACAUCACUGAACACACAGGCUUCACAGGCACAGUGUAUGCCACAGAACCCACACUUCAGAUAGGCAGACUUCUGAUGGAAGAGCUAGUUAACUUCAUGGAAAGAGUUCCCAAAUCCCAGUCUGCCACCUGCUGGAAGAACAAGGAAAUACAAAGGUUGCUCCCAUGCCCACUGAAAGAUGCAGUGGAAGUGUGGACAUGGAAGCGAUCCUACAGUAUGCAGGAGGUGAACUCUGCCCUUAGCAAAGUGCAACUCGUGGGUUAUUCACAGAAAGUGGAGUUAUUUGGAGCUGUACAGAUCUCCCCCUUGAGUUCUGGCUACUCUUUGGGCAGCUCGAACUGGAUCAUUCAGUCUCAUCAUGAGAAAGUGUCCUAUGUGUCGGGUUCAUCCCUCCUCACCACACAUCCACAGCCGAUGGACCAAAGCUCCUUGAAGAACAGUGAUGUUUUGAUUCUGACAGGCCUCACACAGAUGCCAACUGCCAACCCAGAUGGCAUGCUGGGAGAGUUCUGUAAUAACCUAGCCAUGACUAUCCGUGCUGGAGGCAACGUGCUGGUUCCGUGUUACUCGUCAGGAGUGAUAUAUGACCUGCUGGAGUGUCUGUACCAGUUCAUUGACAGUGCAAACCUGGGCACCACACCCUUCUACUUUAUCUCCCCUGUUGCCAAUAGCUCGCUGGAGUUCUCUCAGAUCUUCGCUGAGUGGCUUUGUCACAACAAGCAAUCAAAGGUGUAUCUUCCAGAGCCUCCGUUCCCUCAUGCUGAGCUGAUCCAAACCAACAAACUGAAGCACUACCCCAGCAUUCACGGAGACUUCAGCAGCGAGUUCCGUCAGCCGUGCGUUGUUUUCACCGGUCAUCCGUCCCUGCGCUUCGGGGACGUGGUUCACUUCAUGGAGCUGUGGGGAAAGUCCAGCAUCAACACCAUCAUCUUUACUGAGCCUGACUUCUCUUACCUCGAUGCCCUGGCUCCCUACCAGCCACUGGCUAUGAAGUGUGUCUACUGUCCCAUCGACACACGGCUCAAUUUCCACCAAGUGGCAAAACUGCUUAAGGAAGUCCAGCCCCUCCAUGUGGUGUGUCCAGAGCAGUACACCCAACCUCCACCCAGCCAGUCCCACCGCUCUGAUCUGAUGCUGGAGCUGCAGCCUCCUCCUGUGCCCUACAGACGCUGCUCUGUACUCAACCUACCCUUCAGACGCCGCUACGAACGCGUCUACAUACUUCCUGAGUUGGCCAACUCCCUGGUGCCCUCUGAGAUUAAACCUGGCAUCUCCGUGGCAACGGUGUCUGCAGUGCUGCACUCCAAGGACAACAAGCACACACUGCAGUCAGUGCCCAAACCCCCUCCAGUGCCCCCCAGCAAGAAAAGAAAGCGAGUUAUGGAGGAGCCCCCCGUGGUGCAGGCGCCCAAACCCCUGCUGAGUGGAGCGGUGCCCUUGGAAGCUUUCCUGGCCACGUUACAAAAGCAUGGUAUCACAGAGGUAAAAGUGGAGGAGACGGUAGACGGACACAUCCUGCACCUACAGGCCGAUGACACGCUGAUCCAGCUGGAGGAGGACGGUACGCACAUCGUGUGCGACAAUAACGAGCCGCUGCGAACCACACUGAGAGACCUGGUGCUCCGCUUCCUGCAGAAACUCUGAAACCUGUUUCAUUCCUUCCCUCUGUUGGUUUUUUUAAGUAUCCUCCCUUUGUACGGACAGCAAAAGAAACAACACGAGAGACGGUGAGAGCAGGUGUCAACACAACUAAACCCAAGGUUUAUUAUAGUUUCACUGUAAAGUUUUGUAAGAUAGUAUUUUGUAUUAAAAUAUACUACAAAAAUUGAAAA